UUAUAAUUCUUGUUAGAGUCACAAAAUUCAACCUUAGAAAUAUAAUAAUAACAAUAUUAAUUAACAAUCCCUAAUAUUAUUUAAUGAUGAUUAAUCCGGCUUCAUUUUGACAAAGUCCACAUGUCCUUACUACUAUAAUAUAUCCUCCUAUACAAAAGCCUCUCUUAAAAAAACACACCAAAAUCUAAAGUAUCUCUUUUCCUCUCUCUCUCUCUCUGCUUAUAAUUCUCAAAACCCAUCUCAUCAUAACAUCUUCCAUAGCAAAGAAAAUUUUGGUUUUCUUUCAUUUUUUUUUUCAUAUGGGGAAAAUCAAAGGUGUGAAAGAAAGCAAAGUGGGUAGGAUUAUGAGAGCUCCUUUAAGGGCUCUUAUUAAGGCCAGAGACUUAUACAUAAAGAGCAUGACUCAGUGCUCAAGUCAUUUCGAUUAUGGAGCAGCCAUGGGGUGUCCAACGGCUCAUGUCAACACCACUCUGACGAGAAGCUUCAGCACCAGCUCGGUCAACUCCAACAACAACAAUAGUACCCAAGAUUUUAGGGAACUUGUUAAGGCUGCUUCCACAAGGACUCUAGCCAAUAAUAAGAUCAUCAAUCAUAAUCAUCAAAAGUCUACUGUUGGGGUUGGUAGUAGACCACAUAAUAAGUUGCCCAAAAGUCGAAGUGUGGGAUUUGGUCGGAUCGAUGAAGACAAGGCUUGUGAUGAGUUUGAAGAAAGAGAUGAUCAAGUGAUGAUAAGAACAACUUCUACUGCUCAUGAUGCUUAUCCAAGGAGCAAAAGCUAUGCUGUUCAUAGGAGAACUUUGUUUUAAGGAACACAUUACAUGUUUUUAUUUUUUUUAAUUGCAAAAUUAAUGGAAAUGUUAUUUCUUCAA